UGAACUUUUAGCGGUGGGAUGAACAAGAUGACAUCUCAUCUGGAAUUUCCGUAAUCGUGUUAGCACUAAGCUUAUUAUCAGUUUUUUUCCAAUGCAAUCCAAUUUGCCUUCAAAUUGUUCUUUGGAAAAUAAGUUGGAACACCUAAAUGUAUGUGGAAACUCAUUCGGGUAUGGCCAUAAUUCUUCUUCGCAAUAUAAAUUAAGGGAUAAGACUGGAUAUCCCCCAGACACACCGCAAAAGUAUGUCAAUGACAUGAAAACAGCAAGACAUAACACAAGAGCGAUGUUGUUUGAUUCUGAAAGAGGCCCUUUGAGCCCGAAAGCUACUGAAAAUAAUUAUUGCAGAGCAAGUCCUAGCCCUAUGGUUAACAGACCAAGUACAGUUUUUAGCCCAGUUGGUGGACCUUCAAGUUCAUUUGAAAAAAUUCGUCAAGAUCUUCUCCAAUCAGGCCAUUUGUUUUGCGAUUCUGCUUUUCCAGCUGAUGACUCAAGUCUUUAUUACAGUCAAAGACCACCAUGUCAAAUUGUCUGGAUGCGUCCAAGUGAAAUAGUUGCUGCGAACAGUGGAGGUGGUUCCAUGGGCAUAACCCCAAGAAAGAUAUCAACACCAGAAUUCAUUGGUGAAGGUGGAAUCAAACUCGGUGAACUGAGACAGGGAGAAUUAGGAGAUUGUUGGGUAGUUGCUGCAUUGGCUGCUAUAGCCAGCCAACCGAGUCUUCUUAGUCGUACUAUUCCUACUGGACAGUCGUUUCGAGUAGAAUGGUAUGCUGGCAUAUUUGCCUUUCGAUUCUGGCGUUUUGGGCGUUGGGAAGAAGUUUAUAUUGAUGAUCGUCUUCCAGUUAAAUCUGGUGGUCAACCGUUGUUUGUACAUUCUGGACGUUUAACAGAAUUUUGGCCAACGUUAUUGGAAAAAGCUUACGCAAAACUAAAUGGGUCAUAUGAAGCUUUGAAUGUUGGACUUGUCGGAGAUGCAAUGGAUGAUCUGACUGGUGGUUUAACAGAAUCAUAUACACUUCCAGGGGCAGAAGACCACGGACUUCAACCUCCAUCCGACUUAGACGAUAUAUUAAUAAAAUCUUUUGAUCGUCGAAGUUUGAUUACAGCUCGCAUAAAGACUAAAGGAGUACCUGGUCCAGGUUUUGUCAUACCGGUAGGAUUUGUACCUGGUCAAGCAUUUGGUUUAACAGAUUGUCGAAAGCUUCGAUUGACGGAUGCAUCAGGAAGUCGUUUACUCCGUUUAGUUCGCUUAAGAAAUUUAUGGCCUUCAGUUCGUGUGGACUGGACAGGUGCAUGGUCAGAGGGUUCAACAGAAUGGCUUAGUCUUCCACCACAAGACCGCUUAAAAGUUGGCUUGGUGAAAGCUCAAGAAGAGUUUUGGAUGUCCCUUGAAGAUUUUAUUGCCAAUUUUGACUAUUUGGAUAUUUGUCAUCUAACAGAGCCACCUCCAGUAAUUUCUAAAUCUUCUAGUGCUUAUCAUUCCUUACAUAAUUUCCCAUCAGUUCACUUACGUGGUCGAUGGCUUCGAGGUGUGUCAUGUGGAGGUCGACCAUACAUCCGUGCAAGUCACUGGGCGAAUCCUCAAUUUCGACUGGUGAUUAAUUCACCUGAUCCAAAUGAUCCUGAUGGGUUUGCUACAACCGUAAUUGCUUUAAUGCAAGCUGACCGUCGUCGUCUACGUCAUCGUGCUCCUCGACUCGCAUCUAUUGGAUUUGUUUUAUAUCGGCUUCCAGCUGGUGCUAAUCCACCAAUGCCACGUGGAUUUUUUGAAACUAAUCAUCAUAUAGCUAGUGUGGAUUUUUUCUUCGAUUCUAGAGAAGUUGUUAAACGGUUAAAAUUAACACCAGGUCAUUAUCUUCUUGUUCCAUGUACAUAUGCAGCUGAUCAACCAGGUGAAUUUUUAUUACGUUUAUUAUUUGACAAUCCGGAUAGAAUUUGCGAACCCACUUUGGAACGCGUAGAACUUAGUGGUUUAGCUGCAACUGGACCAGAGCUUGAUCCAAACUAUGAAUUAUUUCAGCCACGUCUUAGACGAUUAUUUUAUGAAGCUUCAGGUGAAUCGAUGGCUGUUGAUGCAUUUCAGUUGGAACCAAUACUUAAUUGUCUUUUGCGAGAUGAUCAUCGGGCACCAUACAGUAUGGUUAGUACAGAUGCUUGUCGAUCUCUGGUAGCCCUUCUCGAUCGUGAUGGGACAGGACGUUUGUGUGAAUCAGAUUUUCGGCGAGUCUGGGAUAUUCUACGAUCAUGGUCUCGUCUGUUUGCAAGUUUUGAUCCACAGAGAACUGCUCAUGUAACGAGUUUGGACUUCCGAAUUAUUGUUGAACAAGCGGGUUAUACUCUUCCACACACACUAUUUUCCAAACUUGUGAACCGAUUUGUUAAUGUAGAUUGGCGUCUUGAUUAUCCGCAUUUUAUCAGCGCUAUGUCACUUAUAACAAAAGCAGUUGCAAUUUUUAAGAAUUUUGAUCAUGGUGGACGAGCUGUUCUGCCCUUGGAACAAGUAGGCUUUUAGGUUUUCCUGUUUUUGUUUUUUUUUUUCGUUUUAUUUAUUGUAUCCAUUGUUUUGAUAAUUAACUCCAGAAUUAUCAUAAAUAAAUUUAUUUUUAGGGAUACAAGUUAUUCGACAAUGUACAUCUCGAUGUACAAUGAAACAAGUACA